UUUCUUAAAUUUCCUUACCAUCAUUACUCUCUCAUCCGCUCCCAGUUUCACUGCUCCUUUCAGAAACCUAACACAUCUUCAAGUCUAGAAAUUAAUGAGCUAGGGAGCAAAGAAAAAAAAAAAAAAAAGUAGAAAGAAAUGGCUGGAUUGUUCUACCUAGGAGGUAGAGAUAGCAACAAACAAGAUCAUCAUCAUCAUCAUCAAGACAAGGAUCAUAAUGAAGACAGGAGCAACAAUUAUCUUCAUCUAUAUAAAGACGAGAUCUACAACAACAACAAGGGUUUUGAGAUUUGGCCACCCCAAUAUUUUCAACAACAACAACAACAACAAAACCACGUGACUCCUCCUACAAAUUUAUACUCUUUUGGUAUGAUCCCAAGUGGUAGCAGCCAUAACAAUAACCGGAGUAGUAACCGGAGUUUAUACUUCAACGUGGUCCCAGACCAUGAGCCGGUGAGAUCCUCUACGGGAAGGUUUACAGUAACAAGGCAAGGAAGCAUGAAUUGCCAAGACUGUGGGAAUCAAGCCAAGAAAGACUGUUCCCAUAUGAGAUGCCGUACUUGUUGUAAGAGCCGAGGGUUUGAUUGCCAAACCCACGUGAAGAGUACGUGGGUCCCGGCUGCUAAACGCCGUGAGAGACAGGCCCAGUUAGCUGCUUUGCCAGUUAAACGGGGUAGAGAAGCUAGCUCAGGCGGUGGGGAUGAUAGAGAGGACGAAGAAAAUGUAGGUCAAGGUGGUGGUGGUGGAUCUGCUCUUGCUUGCAUCCGUGAAGUUUAUGCUAGCUCUUCAGGGUUUGAGAGUAACCACUUGCCGCCAGAGAUAAGUUUACCGGCGGUAUUCCGGUGUAUGAGAGUCAGUUCAAUCGACGAUGAAGAUGAAGAGUAUGCAUAUCAAACUGCUGUGAGCAUCGGUGGACACAUGUUCAAAGGCAUUCUCUACGACCAAGGUCCAUCAGAUGAUCACCGUUACAGCUCAAGCCCUGCAGCCGUAGCCGCAGAAACCUCUCAAUACCAUCUUAACCUCUUGGCUUCAACCGCUGCAGCCGCUACUACAACCGCCGUGACCGCGAGUAAUAUUGGUAACGCAUCAGUUGACCCUUCUUCGCUUUACACUACGGUGGUGGCUCCGGUUAACUCUUUUAUCACCUCCGCUACACCCUUCUUUGCAUCUCCUAGGUCUUGAUAUUGUAAUGUUAAAUCUUUAAAAUAUUUGUGAUUACUCUUAUAAUUAUCAGACAACAACGAGUACGAAAUUUUAUUAUUUCGAGGGUUUUUGUGGUUGUCGGACAAUAUGGUAACUUUCGUACCUAGCUAGGGUUUGUGAGAGUACUGAUUAACAUGCACU